AAGCCAUAGACUUCAACUUUAUUGAUUUAGGGUCCUAUUGGAGAUGUUGCAUUGCUCAAAGUUUGUAACAACGUUUUGUUUUGCAGUCUCCCACACACAACUAACUCAGAAUGCCGAGUAAGCCUGAAAUAUCCCGAUUCACUGAGAGCAAAAUGGCAUUUAAACUUGUUCUAUUUUUUUUUCUCUGUUUAGGUUAAUCUAAAUAAUCUAAAAGGAAGUCUAAAACCCCAGUUUGCCACCUCACUCCCUCACCGUCCCUCACCCCCCCCCCCACAUUCCUCUCAUCCUUCUUCCUCCACCAUAAACACUCAUGUACUUUAGGGUGAGUGGGGGAAAGGGUUAAUCAAAUGAACCGCCGCCACUCUGCUAGGCAGCCAAUGGAGCUUAAAGAUUGAUUCACUUCCUGCUCGGGUCUCCCUGAAACUCCUGAGCUUCGUCAGCCUAAUUUGGAAAGCAAGAACGGCCUCCUGUGCUGUCAUUGGCCAUGCUCACGCCUGGCCAGGCCAAGACGCUCUGCUAUUGGCUGUGGUUGGUGCCGGUAACCCACGCUAGCGGUUUGGCUCCCCCGCACCGUAGAUGUCAAAGGCUGAAGCUGCUCCCUUUGCCACAUUAUAACUAGUAGGGGAUCCUCACCGACCAUGGCCACAGCUGCCUCGAAUCCCUACAGCAUUCUCAGUUCCAGCUCCCUGGUCCAUGCGGACUCUGCAGGCAUGCAGCAGGGGAGUCCUUUUCGAAACCCUCAGAAACUUCUCCAAAGUGAUUACUUGCAGGGAGUUCCCAGCAAUGGGCAUCCCCUCGGGCAUCACUGGGUGACCAGUCUUAGUGAUGGUGGCCCAUGGUCCUCCACACUGGCCACCAGCCCUUUGGACCAGCAGGACGUGAAGCCUGGGCGUGAAGACCUGCAGCUGGGUGCGAUCAUCCAUCACCGCUCGCCACACGUAGCCCACCACUCACCGCACACUAACCACCCCAACGCCUGGGGGGCGAGCCCGGCUCCGAACUCGUCCAUCACAUCAAGCGGCCAACCUCUCAACGUGUACUCGCAGCCAGGCUUCACGGUGAGCGGCAUGCUGGAGCACGGGGGACUCACCCCACCGCCGGCAGCCGCCUCCACACAGAGCCUGCACCCGGUGCUCAGGGAGCCCCCGGACCACGGUGAACUGGGUUCACACCAUUGCCAGGACCACUCAGACGAGGAGACGCCAACCUCUGAUGAGUUGGAACAGUUCGCCAAACAAUUCAAACAAAGAAGAAUCAAGUUGGGCUUCACGCAGGCCGACGUGGGGUUGGCGCUAGGCACACUGUACGGCAACGUGUUUUCGCAGACCACCAUCUGCAGGUUCGAGGCCUUGCAGCUGAGCUUCAAGAACAUGUGCAAGCUGAAGCCUCUGCUGAACAAGUGGCUGGAGGAGGCGGAUUCGUCCACUGGAAGCCCGACCAGCAUUGACAAGAUCGCCGCGCAGGGCCGAAAGCGCAAGAAGCGAACCUCCAUCGAGGUGAGUGUCAAGGGCGUACUGGAGACUCAUUUCCUCAAGUGUCCCAAGCCUGCUGCGCAGGAGAUCUCCUCGCUGGCAGACAGCCUCCAGUUGGAGAAAGAAGUGGUACGUGUCUGGUUCUGUAAUAGAAGACAAAAAGAGAAAAGAAUGACUCCGCCAGGGGAUCAGCAGCCGCAUGAGGUUUAUUCGCACACCGUGAAAACAGACACGUCCUGCCAGGAUCUCUGACUGGAGGAGGCGAGGAGGCGGCCAGCCGCACUGGGAGCAGCGCGGAUUUCUCAUUCUCUCUCACUCCUUUCCUUGCACUCUAACAUUCUUUAUUAUUGCUAUCUCUCUAGCGCACUCCCUCUCUCUCCCUCUCCCUCUCCCUACUCCCUCUCCUUCUCCCUCUCCCAUCUCUCUUUCUUUCACUGGGGAUUCUAACUUAAGUUGAGAAAGGAAACACACUUGCACUCACAUUCAGGCUUCUCAAUGUUGAUACAGUUAUAUUAAUCAGUCCAGGCGGGAACCUCAUAUUCCCUGCUGCCCAGGCAACAGUUCCAUCCAACCUUUUCUGCUGAUCAAUACAUAUUGUUUACUAUGAGUAAGGUUCCUUUGGUCUCUCCUCUUUAGAAGGAGCAAUG